AUGGGAGCCGAGAACGCAGAGUAUCAUUCGUGUCCUGAUGAUCUUAGUAUCGCCAAACGCCCAAACAUUGCUGAGGCAGUUCCUGAACUGCUGAAUGAUGUUAUCAAAGGUGUUAACAACCUACCUCAUGGAACUGACGAGGACCGCAAGGACGUGGUAAUCAAGUGCCGAGCUUUGGCUAGAGCUCUAGAGACCCCUCGGGAAACCAUGGUUGACCACUGUUGGGGACAGAUUGGUGCAAUAGCGGCGAUAGGGUUUGGCGUGGAUUCGGGAUUAUGGAUACUGAUGGCUCAGAAUGGCGACAAGCCCCAGAAAGUAACCGAUUUGGCCGUGAGCCUGGGGGUCGAUACCAAGCUUCUCGGUGAGCUUUGCAUAAUCCGCGCUAAAGCUAUAGCUAAAUGUAUUCGAGGUCGCGUGAUGCGACAUGUCUGUGCGAUGGGACUCCUCAUCGAGGUCGGCGAAGAUGAGUAUAGAUCCACAAACUAUACCAAGGCGCUGAGCCUUCCACAAAUUGGGCAUGGGUAUCUUGGUGUCACCGCGUGCACUGCUGCUGGCACCUUGAAAUUCCACGAGUUCUCGCGUAAGCGUGGCUGGGUGAAUCCGACAAAUUCUCAUGACACAUCUCUGAUGUAUGCCUAUGGUACUGAAAAGAACGUAUUUGAUUGGGUGCAUGACUCGGGCUAUGGAAAACACCUGAAUGAUUACCUUGGAGGUUACAACCUGGGUCGCCCAUGCUGGAUGGACCCCGAUGUCUAUCCUGUGAAGGAUAUGCUCAUCGACGGGGCCGAUUUUAGCCCAGAUGCACCAUUCCUCGUGGACAUCGGCGGCAACAUGGGCCAUGACUUGGCAAGAUUUCACACUCGCUAUCCGAACGCCCCCGGAAAAUUAAUCCUUCAACCUUCAAGAUUUACCCAUGAUGAUUCACCAGAUCAAGGAUCUCGAUCCGGCUAUAAUCCGAAUGGACCCGUUAAAGGUGCCCGUGCCUACUAUAUACACUCAACUCUGCAUAACUGGCCGGACGAUGUAUGCGAAAGCAUACUUACACGAGUGAAGGAGGCCAUGAAGCCUGGAUAUAGCAGACUGUUGAUCCACGAGAACGUUGUGCCGCACAUCGGUGCCCAUUGGGAGACUACGGGACUUGAUAUGCUGAUGUUAACUCUAUUCUCUUCGGAAGAGCGGACUAGCACAGCGUGGUACGACUUGAUUGAGAGAAAGGCAGGUUUGAGAAUUGCAAAAGUAUGGAGCGCUGGCAACGGGGUAGAAAGUGUGAUUGAAUGUGUCAAUGAGUGUUAG